ACUAAUAAUUAUCAAUUGAUGAAGCAAUCCAUCAAAACGACGUCGUUUUUUCAACCUUCAUUGCUUCAGAUCUCUUCUUCUUCACCAUUUCUAUAACUGCUCAUUUCAAAUCUUCUUCUUAUAUAUAAAUUCAUCCUUCUCGUAAAUAUAUACAUAUUGAUGAUACGUUCGAUUUUGUAUAUGAAUUAUAUACAUAUAUUGUUGAACAAUUGAAUUUUGAUUCGGAUUUGAUUGGAUUUGGUGAGGUAUUGUUUCUGUUUCGUAGUUGACGAUUUUUGAAAAUGCCGGCGGUUUCUGGACCUGUAACGCCAGGACAGGUGUCAUUUUUGCUUGGAUAUAUACCUGUCCUCAUCGCAUGGAUAUAUGCUGAAUGGUUGGAGUACAAGAAGUGGUUGUUCCCCUUUAAAGUCAGUCAUUCAGAUAAUAAUCUGGAUGAACUUGAGAUCUCAACAACCAAGGAAGAAGAUCGAGCUGUCUUACUGGAAGGAGGUCUGUCAAAAUCUGCAUCUGUGAAGUUGUCAAGUUCAUCGGUAAAAACAAACAUAAUUAGGUUUUUAACAAUGGAGGAUGCAUUUUUGCUAGAAAAUCGAGCAACUCUAAGAGCAAUAUCUGAAUUUGGGGGAAUCCUGUUUUAUUAUUAUCUCUGUGACCGUACAAAUCUCUUUGCAGAUUCUACUAAGAGCUACAAUCGUGAUCUCUUCAUCUUUCUGUAUAUUCUUCUGAUCAUAGUUUCGGCAAUGACUUCUCUCAAGAAACAUAAUGACAAAUCAGCAUUUUCUGGCAAAUCAAUACUUUAUCUUAACCGCCAUCAGACAGAGGAGUGGAAGGGAUGGAUGCAGGUUCUCUUUUUGAUUUAUCAUUAUUUUGCUGCAACAGAGAUAUACAAUGCAAUUAGGAUUUUCAUUGCUGCGUAUGUAUGGAUGACUGGUUUUGGGAACUUCUCCUAUUAUUACAUAAGAAAGGAUUUUAGUCUAGCUCGGUUUGCUCAGAUGAUGUGGAGGCUGAAUUUUUUUGUAAUAUUUUGCUGUAUUGUUCUCAACAAUGACUACAUGCUGUAUUACAUCUGCCCGAUGCACACACUUUUUACCCUGAUGGUUUAUGGGGCCCUUGGCAUUGGUCACAAAUACAACGAGAUAAAAUCAGUGAUGGCUUUGAAGUUUCUUUUGUGCUUUGUUGUGGUUAUCUUGGUUUGGGAGAUUCCUGGGGUGUUCGAAUUUCUUUGGGGUCCUUUCGCCUUUAUGUUAGGCUAUACUGAUCCAGCCAAGCCGGAUCUCCCUCGAUUGCAUGAAUGGCAUUUUAGAUCUGGGCUUGACCGCUAUAUAUGGAUUAUUGGCAUGAUAUAUGCCUAUUUUCACCCAAAUGUUGAGAAGUGGAUGGAGAAACUGGAGGAGUCUGAAUCGAAGCGGAGACGGACAAUUAAGUCAUCCAUCUGUGCAGUAACUUUAAUUAUCGGGUACUUGUGGUUUGAAUACAUAUACAAGCUGGACAAGACAGCUUACAACAAACUCCACCCCUACACAUCAUGGAUUCCUAUUACUGUAUACAUAUGCUUGCGUAAUUUGACUCAGGAGCUGCGGAAUUUCUCUCUGACACUCUUUGCGUGGCUUGGGAAAAUUACCUUAGAAACCUACAUCUCCCAGUUCCACAUCUGGCUGAGAUCAAAUAUGCCGAAUGGACAGCCUAAAUGGCUCCUUUCGUUUAUCCCGGGCUAUCCUAUGCUUAAUUUCAUGUUGACUACAGCAAUUUAUGUUCUGCUAUCAUGUAGGCUUUUUGAACUAACCAACACACUCAAAUCCGUUUUCGUACCCACAAGAGACAAUCAGAAGCUGCUCCACAACUUUAUUGCUGGUGUCGCGAUUUCUGUGUGUUUAUACAGCAUUUCCUUUAUUCUUAUUCAAAUCCCUCAUUAAUGAAACCAUUUAUCUGAACUGCUUCAUUUUGGCAAUAUAGCAAAAGGCCCAGAUGACACGGUAAUAUAGAAUGCUAGAAAGUUAAAGGAUCAAUGUGGAACUGAAGUACUAAUUCUUUGAUGGGUAUACAGAUCAUGAUGCCCAGCCCAGCCACAGGUUGUGUAAGUAUGUUUUUCCAACAGUUUUGUGUAGUGUCACUUGCAUUUAUCAAGUUAUGAUAGUCGAAAACAAAGAAUUUCCCAGUUUUUGGCUAUUCAAACUUCAGUGAAAAAGCAAUGGAAGUCGGAGGAAGGAAAUCAUGUGUAUAGUGCCAUCGAUCACCACGUGUAUUCGUUCCUUUUCUUUUUCGUUUUCCCUUUUGAUGAUCAGUAUAUUUUUUUUCUUCAUGUAAAUGAACAUGAGAAAAUCUGGGAAUGUAGUUGUUUCUCCAUUCAACAGACUUGAUUUAUUAAUUGGAAAUGCAAAUCUUGAUCUUCAGUCUGAA